AUAUAAAUGGAAAUAUUUAUAAAGGCAGAAGACAAGACACAUAAAAUAAAUUGGCUGUCAUCCAUUCCUGACAAGUACAAAGAGGAUAUCCUAAAGAAAGUCAAACAGCAAGCAAUAAUGAAUGAUUCUAAAAACAGAGGCAGGAAGAAUAGCCAGGACUUUUACCAAAUGGCUAAGGAGUUUGAUCAAGAACCAGGAGAUAAUAAGGAAAUCACAUUUGAAGUAAUCCUUAAUAUCAAGGGUAAUAUGGCACCCAAGAAGAAAAAGCGACAGAAAAGCAAGCUCUCCGGUCGCCAAUCACGAGAUCCUCAAAAAUAAUGUAUUCGACGAACAAAGCCUUCUCUCUACAAUAAAAGUAGAUAAUUUACCAAAUUUAUUGAAGACAAGAACAGAGGCAGAGUCAGUAUUGAAGAACUUCACUAAGGUUCCCACUACUAAUCUAGAGGAAAUAUCAGCUGGAGAAAUAGAGUCAGAGAGUGAAGAGCCCCUACAGCCUCAGAAGAGGUCAAGGCUAGGAAGGCAUAGAUCCCAACCUAGCUUAUCCAUCUCUAAUCAAUCUUACUGUGUUCAAUACAUGGGUGUUAAUGAUGACAAGCUAGAGGUUCUUACCAGAAGAGUCCUUCUAGAUCCUAAGGCAAUGAGAAGAUUUGACCAUCAAAGAAUUCAAAGGCCAGCCAGGCUUGAACCACUUCCCAAGAAACCUAAGAAAAUUAUUAAGAAGGUAGAAGAGACACUUAUAGCUCCAGAGCCUGAGCAGGAGCCUGAAAUAAAGACUGAAUCAGAAGAUCAGCCCCCAGUUGAACUUGAAGACUCAGUCGAGUCUGACGCACCUAUAGGCUUAGUGACCAGGCCACAGGAUGAAUUCGAAGAUUUCAAUAUUCCUCUAGAAAAUUGUGCACCUGAAGUAGCUCAAAAACCUACAGAGGAGACUAAGAAAGACAUCAAGAAAAAGGAGAAGGGUAAAAAGAAAAAAUCUAAGAAGAAAAAGCCCAAGAAGCUACCCUCCAAGCCUAUCGUCAUUGCACAUAAAGUGAAAGAGAGCCAGAAUGAGAAAUCUAAAGAGAAGCAUCAGGUCCAGAAACCUAAACUGGUGUCAAAACCUCCAAAGGCUUCUGAACCAGAGCCGUUGAAGGCUGAUGACAGAAUUUUUGAGAACCGUCCUUCCUUGGUCCUUAAACCAGCACCACUCCCACAACUAUCUACUAGUUCACCGAUUGAAGGAGAUAUGGACAGUACUGAGUUUGGAAAGGGGGAUGACUCUACUAGAAAACCACUAAAUAUCACUUUUGAUAACUCUGAUCCAAUGCUGAAGGAGGAGGAAAAGAACUACCUCAGCAGUCAGAAUCUCUCCCAGCACACUUUGGGGGCAGACCUCUCCAGUGUAAAGGAAACUCCUGAUGAAUUUGAUCGCAACAUCUCAGAGUCAGAUGACUGAUGUAUGCCAAGGCCAGAUAAAUGGGACCAAUAUGUGAUCCAUUCAGGCUGCAGACCCAAAGGACUCCAUGCUAUCAAAAAGCAGGUUAAAUUAUCUGAAAGUGAGCAGACAUUUGGAGAGAGAUACUCUAAAAGAAAUAUCGGAAUUGUAGCCUUAGAGAAAUCAGGAAUUUCCAUCUGAUCCCAGAUUAGAAAAGGAUUCAAAGGCUUCAGAGCCAAGCAGCAUGCCAAGACUAAUAUGAGCAAACUCAAAGGGAUCAAGACCGGCAUUAAUGAGUACGACCCAGUGCUAGAUACCCAAUACCUAACUGGCUAUAGAAAAUAA